AAGUGAAUGGGUCCGAGUCGGAUCAUUUUAAGUAUUAUUUGCAAAGAAGAUACAUUUUAAACGUUUCGUUCGGUCGUUGUCGUCGUAGCCGCCACCGGAGUCUUAUUUUUAACGUUACCUACUUACUAAUUGUGUCCUUAGUUAAAUAAUUUAAAAAACCAAUAUGCAUUAUUUCGAAACCAGUUUAAGUUAUUUUAUUGCAAUUUUGGGAAUUGUUUGCAUUUCCAAUAAUUAUUUCACAAGUGCUCAGUCUCAAUGUUCAAAUCCUAACCGAAGAACUGGUUACUGUAUUUCGAUAUAUGAUUGUCAGCCGCUGUUAGGAGUUGCGGCUCGAAAGCCUUUGCAGGACCUUGAUAGGAAGUUCAUCCUUGAUUCGCAGUGUCGUGGCGGUUUGGGUAAAGCACCGCAUGUCUGUUGUACCGAUGACACUGGUUUCUUAAGAAGACAGUCAUCAUCAGGAGGACGAUCAACGGUCCUGUUUCCCACACAAAAUCGAGGAAUUAGUCGGCCUCGAGGACGAGGUCAAUCCUCGUCGUCGUCUUCAUCGCCAUCAUUUGCUAGGGGAGAGAUUCCAAAACCACCGGCUUGUGGUGGUGUUACACUGCAAAAUAAAAUCUAUGGCGGAGAUGAUGCUGAUUUGUUUGAGUUUCCAUGGUUAGUGAUGUUGGAGUACAGAAGAAGAAGUGGAGCAAGGUCUACAAACUGUGGUGGAUCCUUGAUUAAUCAAAGGUACAUAAUAACAGCUGCACAUUGCGUAACCGGAGCGAUUGAACGAGAUGUUGGACCAUUAGUUGGUGUUAUCCUUGGAGAAUAUGACACGACGAGGUCAAUCGAUUGUGUCGGUGGAACAUGUGCAAGUUCGGUCUUACGCGUAGGCGUCGAAGAAGUUAAGCCUCAUGAAUCUUACAGUGACACCCAAGUCCAUCGCCACAAUGACAUAGCCUUGGUGAGAAUGGAUCGAAAUAUCAUUUAUUCGGACUCAAUUAGGCCAAUUUGUCUGCCAUUUACUCUGCCAAACGAACAACUUCGCAGUGGAACCCUUCUUACAGUCGCUGGAUGGGGAAGGACACUUCAAACACAAAAAAGUGCAAUCAAACAGAAAGUUCAAGUGCCAUUGACAGAUCAAGGUGAAUGUCGUCAAAAGUUCCAGACCCGCAAAAUACAAAUUAUUGACGCUCAAGUGUGUGCUGGAGGUGUUUAUGCAGAAGACAGUUGUGAUGGAGAUUCGGGGGGACCGUUGAUGAGCUUGCGUCAAGGUGUAUGGGUUCUGGAGGGUGUUGUUUCGUUUGGAGUUAAGUGUGGAUUUGAAGGCUGGCCAGCAGUUCACACGAGAGUUGAAAGUUACAGUUCGUGGAUAAAUGAUAGGAUACGACAAAAGAGUAUAGCGAAGCGACUCUGCCACACCACAACGCCUCAAGCACGUACGGAUGCUAGUCUCAAAGUUUGUGUUCAACGAUCGGUCUCGAACAGAUGUCAUACGCCAGCAACGACACGACGGAAAACAAUGUUCAAAUCUCAUUUGACCCUGCAAUGGCUGGCUUUAGUCGCGAUUGGUAGUCUGACGCUCGCAGACGUCGCUAGUAUCAUAACGAACGAUAAUAGCCGCAACGCCUUGGUGUCCUGUGAUAUUCCAAACGAGAGUGUGCGUGGGCAAUGCCGCGACGCGUCCGACUGCGAGGCGUUUUUGAAAGUGAACAAUGAAACAAGUUCCACCGAUGAUGCGGUGUCGCAACCGGAAUUAUUGCGUUUCCUGGAAAAAGUGCAAUGUGAAAGUGAAAGUGGGUCGUCGGCUUCGGCAGCGGCCGCAGCAUCGGCAUUGUCGUCGUCGUCGAUUUGGACGUCGUCUUCGUCUUCGGCGCCAAUUAUUGUGUGUUGUCCUUUAAACGGGCGUGCAUAUGCCCAUCCGGCUGUUGAAGUGUCAAAAUCUAGUGUCAGUCGAAUCAGUUCGAGGCUCAAUAAGUCGCGGAACAAAAUCAAAAAGCUCAAAAGACGCAUCCAGAAGGUUGACGGUUCUGACAGCUACAACGGCCUAUUUGGCGACUGUGGCAAGCAGGUGACCAACAGGAUCUAUGGCGGUGAAAUUGCCGAGCUAGACGAGUAUCCUUGGCUGGCGUUGCUUGUCUACAACACAAACGAUUAUGGAUGCAGCGGGGCUUUGAUAGACAAUCAGCACAUCUUGACAGCUGCCCAUUGUGUCAAGGGCAGUGGGGUGCGCGAAAAAAAUGGACUAAAACACGUUCGCUUGGGCGAAUUUAACGUUAAGACUGAACCAGACUGCAUUGAAGAGGCCAAUUACCUGAACUGCAACGAUGCAUCUCUAGACAUGUCCGUGGAACGCAUCUUUGUCCAUCCCGACUAUAAUGAGUAUUCGGCGGAUAAAUACGACGACAUUGCCAUCAUUCGACUGAAAAGCAUCGUGCCAUUUACCCACUUCAUCAUGCCUAUCUGCCUACCCAUAGCCAAUGAUCUUGAGGGCAAUAAAUUCAAGCCCGGUCAUAUGUUUUCCGUUUCCGGUUGGGGUCAGACUGAUCUGUUUGAUAAAUACUACCCGAACAUUCAGAGUCCCAUCAAGCUGAAGCUACGCGUUCCGCUAGUUCCCAAGCAGGAUUGCACAAAGCUACUCAAACCCUUCGGAGUCCAAGUGGGUCGUAAUCAGCUGUGUGCUGGCGGCGAAUACGCCAAAGACACCUGCUCCGGGGAUAGUGGCGGGCCCCUCAUGUCAUUCAAUCGCAAACGUUCACGUUGGGUUGCUUACGGAGUUGUUAGCUACGGCUUCACGAGAUGUGGCAUGGCAGACCAUCCGGCUGUGUACACAAAUGUCUCGGCAUACCUCGAUUGGAUUAGCGACACAAUAAAAAGCUAGCAAAAGUCUCAAGUCUGAACCUUAUAGCUGCGUGCAGAUUAAAAAAUUAUUAUAAAUAAUAAUUUUUUAUUGUUCGAUAAAUUUGUUUAGCUAAGUGUAUACCACGACACGACGAUGUACAGGUAUACAAGUUUAUCUCGGAGGCAGAAAUAAAAAGUCGAAAUCGAGAAUAAUA